GACGACAAGGUGGCAGAGAUGGCGUCACACAGCAACCCGCGGUCCGAGGAGCCGGCCGGAAUGGCGCCCCCGCCUGAUAAUGCCGAGAACGACAACUACUCCGACGUCGAAAUCCCCUCACCCUCCCACGACGGGUCGGACUGCGAGAGCCCGGAAAUGCCGGCCCAGCUGUCGGAGAUGUCGGUGGAGGAGUUCUUUAGGCCCAUCGUCGAGCGCACCAGAUACCGGAUGCACCCCAUGCAGGAGGCCCUCACCGUGCCAUGGGAAGUGCCCGUCAGCGCCGCCGACGUGGAGAGGCUCAGGGUCGGGUUCAGGUCGAGGAGCAUGGACGACAAGUGGGACCUGCUGCUCGAGGACCCGGACGACAAGGGCGGCUGGUCCAUGCACAUCAUCCGGACCUUUGGUGCCAUUUAUGACACGUGCUUCGUCCUCCACCUAGUCCACAGCCAGCAGCCAGGCACCGGCACGAAGACCACCAGCUUCACUUGGGACACGGAAUUCUCCCAUCACCAUGUCCCUGAAGAGCAGGCCAAGAAGGAUGCCAUUAUGCUAUUCAGAGGCCACCUCGGCUGCGAGUUCGAAGCACUGCCGCAAUACACGUGGGCCACGGAGUUCUGGAGAAAUCGCAGGAAGCUGGAUGAGGCAUACUCAGGUUGUAAAAACGAAAGUCGGUAUUAGUUGACGAAUUGUGUUGCUACUUCGGGUGUCUUU